AUGCUGGCAUCUCGCCCCGAAGAGGCACAAGGCCUGAUUUCAGAGUUGGUGUUGGCAACGGCAGAAAUGCAGCGAAUGUCUUUGGAGCAUGAGAGAAAUAUCGAAGCGAGCUUUGGCCGUGAGCAGGCCCUUCAACGCGAGUGCAAGGCAGCUUCGGCUCUCCUGGGGAAGAUGCAAGCGCAGCAAGCAGAAUUUUCUUAUGCCAAGUAUCAGGAGUCUGAAGCAUUGAAAGCCCAGUUAGUUUCUCUAAGUGGGGAUUUGUCAAAGCAGCUGGAGCUUGUAGAUGACAAGGUGGAGGAAGCGAACACCCUGAAGGAGAAGUUUGAAGCAUCUCAGCUUGAGCUCGAAAGGUUUUCUGCCGAGUACUGCAUCUUGCAGGAUGUCCUUCUUCAAGGCUGUGGUGAGGACUUGCCGCUAGUUCAGAAUGAUUCCGAACAACGAGAGUUCAGUGCCUUCCAGUACCUCAAGAAGCUGCUGGACAUCGCAAAACGCAAGAGAGAGGCCCUGGAAAACCGGCUUGCUAAAAAAGAGGAGCAGUUCAAUCUACUUCAGCAAAACUAUCAGUACUUAAAGGACCGGUACCAGUGGCCGUUACAAGAUCUCGGGGCAUUUGUGCGGAGCAUCAUCGAAGCAUAUGUCCGGAGUAUCAUCGAGCACACCAACCAGUCGUCAGAAGCUGCAGUGUUUCUUGAAUCAAGUCAGCUGGAAGACUUGAACCGUAUGCUGGCAGUGCUUCAGGAACGGGUCACAUCCUUGACAGUUAGGAACGAGUUCCUCGCUCAAGAAAGUCAGCAGUGGAAAUCAUUUUGUAAAGAUGCGAGUAAAAAAAUUAGAUGCGUGUCUAAUGAAAGUCACCUCUGGCAGCAGAGACCCGAAAAGGUGGCGGAGACUUUGAGAGAGAGAGAGAAUGCCGUUAAGUGUAACAAUUCGUCGCAAACGGAAGGAGACGGAAGCUCCUUUACCGAGAAGGCAGAAACAGAAUGCGAGAGGCAAGCUGAGAUGCUCGUCAGCGACAAGCGUUUUCAACAGCUAGCUGAGAACUUAAAACAGGCACGACAUUGCCUCGAGAAGGAGUUGAAGACUCAGCGCGAGCAGCACGUCAAGGCCACCAAGGAGAUGGAGAACGAGCACUGCACUGCGCUGGACGAAGCGGCCAACUGUGAGGCAGCACUAUCAGCGCUGAAGACAGACCACUCCCAGCUGUUGGACAAGUAUAACCACAUUGUAUACAGACACGCGAACCUACAGGAAGAGUUUCACGCGGCAGCCCAAGAGAAACGCAGUUUGGAGGACAGGUGCGCUCAGCUCACAACGGAGUGGGCAACAACCAGACGAGAUCUCGCAGUCUUCGAGGAGCAGCAGGGCGCAGUGGGACAAAAGACCAUGCAGGAGCUGCAAGAGCUGUGGCAAGCAAACCAGCAGUUGCAAGAGCGCUUUCGCCUGCUCAAGGAUAAGCAUCUCAAAGCUGAAGAACGGUUGGUACAGAUGCCAACCCAAAAAGUGCAGGCCUCGAUGGAACAUGUCACCGAGGGCACUGGGUCUCGUGCCGAGGAGAACAAGUGGAACCAGGACAAGCAGCAGCAGAAACACAUCGAGGACUUACAGGCGCAACCGGUACCACACCAAAGAAGCACAUGGAACAGCAGAAACGAAUACAGCUGCUGA